ACUUGCUCCUGCGCUCCUGGCUCCUGGCAGCUCUUGAGAUCCGACCCCGUGAAUGGUUUUGGCUGUGUCUUCAUGUAGGACCUACUCCCAAACCCUGCCCGCUGCGGUGAAUUCCACCUGCGAUGCUUUAACUUGUGCAACAGAGAUUCUUGCCCGGGGGGGAGAGGCGGGGAAGGACGCGCUAAUCAGAGGGCGGGGGCUCGGGUUGGGAUCUGGUCCUGUACCCAUCUACCCACCAUGAGAUGGUGGAGAUCUAGGGAGGGUGAACUUUCCUUCUGAGAUUCGGGUAUAAGGGGAAAGAUACGUGUUGAGUCUAUAAAGCUGUGCAGGUGGCACAGCCGAGAAGAGAAUUGGGGAAACGAGGAAGGUUCCAUGAGAUGACUUGAACUGCGGAAACGUUUGGCAAAGGAAAAAGGGCUUCAGUUUUAAUGUGAGAUCACUGGAAGUUGAGGCUGGGCUUCAUCACCAGGCCUCCUCACCAACUCCUGUGUACCGGAUACCGAUUACUUCGAACCCCAGUACUUUGUACUCAGCCCAGGCCCAGAACCAUGUCCUCAUCAACUUCCUGGGAGCUGCCCCUGGUGGCUGUGUGCCAGGUAACAUCAACACCAAACAAGCAAGAGAACUUUAAAACAUGUGCUGAGUUGGUUCAAGAGGCUGCCAGACUGGGUGCUUGCCUGGCCUUUCUGCCUGAGGCAUUUGACUUUAUUGCACGAAACCCUGCCGAGACAUUACUCCUGUCCGAACCACUGAAUGGGGAUCUUUUGGGCCAAUAUAGCCAGCUUGCCAGGGAAUGUGGAAUCUGGCUGUCCUUGGGCGGUUUCCACGAGCGUGGCCAAGACUGGGAGCAGAAUCAGAAAAUCUACAAUUGUCAUGUGCUUUUGAACAGCAAGGGAUCAGUAGUGGCCAGUUACAGGAAGACACAUCUGUGCGAUGUAGAGAUCCCAGGUCAGGGGCCGAUGAGAGAAAGCAACUAUACCAAGCCUGGAGGCACUCUUGAGCCACCUGUCAAGACACCGGCUGGCAAGGUUGGUCUAGCAAUCUGUUAUGACAUGCGGUUCCCUGAACUUUCUUUGAAAUUGGCUCAAGCUGGGGCAGAAAUACUUACUUAUCCUUCAGCCUUUGGAUCUGUUACAGGUCCAGCCCACUGGGAGGUGCUGCUGCGGGCCCGCGCCAUUGAAUCUCAGUGCUAUGUAAUAGCAGCAGCGCAGUGUGGACGCCACCAUGAAACAAGAGCAAGUUAUGGCCAUAGCAUGGUGGUUGACCCGUGGGGCACAGUGGUGGCCCGCUGCUCCGAGGGACCAGGCCUCUGCCUUGCUCGAAUUGAUCUCCACUUUCUACAACAGAUGCGCCAACACCUGCCUGUGUUCCAGCACCGCAGACCUGACCUCUAUGGCAGUCUGGGUCAUCCACUCUCUUAAUGCUUUUAACUUCUGUUGGUUAAGACACAGACACAGCCAACUGGGAGGUGAUGCUACUGUGACUUGUAGGCAGGACACAAGCACGGUUCCCUUCACUUGCAGAACUUUAACCUCUCUUAAUGGAACACAGGCUUAAUCAAGUCCAUGGGAAAGAAGAGACUUUGACCUGACCUCAGAUUUCAGUUUCAGAAAAGUGGGAUUUUAUAUAGUCACUGUUUAUUUCAUGAAAACUGAAGUUAUGCUGAGGGCUGAGCAGCACUGGCAUUGAAAAAAAAAUAUAAUAAUCAUAAUGUCUGGACAUGUCUUUUGGGGGCUAGAAGGGGAGGUGGAAUUGUACCUGCUUGACUGGACUUCACUCCUCAGCCUCCUGCCUCAAACAUGCCUCCUUACCUAAGAAAGUGCGGUGCUCAGUGCAUGUACUAGUCCUGCUCUCCAAAGGAUGGGAGAAGGGAGGGCAGAGGAACAGGAGGAGCUGAUACUAAAUACCCCACUUUCUCUCAAGCAAGAAGGAAGCAAAGGGAAAGGGCCUUGGGGUGGGGUAAGAGUUAUUUUCACUGGAAAAGGGAAGGAAAAUGUCAUACCCCCCACCCCCUCCUCCUCUUCAGAGAAAGUGUGCUCCAACUAGCAGCCUCUACUCCACUGUCCUGUGUACUGGUGUUCACAUACACAUCGCAGUUGGGAGGGUGAUCGAUCAGGCUGGCCCAGUCCUCUGUAAGUUUGCUGAACAUUUGACAGGGACAAGGAGGGAUCCAUACGACAGCAGUUCCCGCUGUGGAAUGAAGGAAAGGCAGAGAGGAGCAGCACCAAGGCCAGGAGAGACUGCAAAGGGCCACAGCUUCUCUGUUUUUAAAAAAUUCUAUAAUUUGGAAGAAGGUGGUAAUUAAUUUCCAAAAUACACUUCAGAGUCCCACCUUCCACAUAGCUCCUUUACUCACAGCCCUUUGGUUUUUCAGACAAAAUUUAAGAGCCCUCAUAAAGCCAUAAGUAUUGAUUACCCCUCAAUGCACCUGAAAGCAGUGUUCAAUCCCUUACAAAGGCUGUGUUCCAGAGACCCUGUCCCUAUACACUUGUCUUACGGCUCAGUGGUAAGGUGGCUGUAGACACACAAUAGGGUAAGUGGCAACAGGAAACGGGGAAGCCCAGGCACAUGGGUGCAGGGAGGGCAGGGACACCACUUCCACCUUCCUUUGUCUUUUCCUUUUAAAAAAAAAAAAAAAAAAAGGCGGUGUGAUUGGUUGGAAAGGGUAGAGAACAAACCCCAGAACAGUAUGUCAGCUCCAGAGGUGACGGAGCGAACAGUCCCCAGAAAGGUGAGAAGGGGAAAGGUCAGGGUAAUGCCUGCAGCAUCAAGUUCCUCAGGAGUUUCUGUCGGCCCAGCUCAUAGUCCUCCUCAUCCACGUUCACCAGCAGCUUGAUGGCUUCAUGGCCCACAGCUUGCUUGAGAGAGUCUGUGAUGAAGACACCUUUCAGUGCCUCUAAUAAUGAGCCAUUAAUGUAGUCUCGCCAGAAUGCGUCGAGGUAGGUGAGCUCAGAGAACUUGAUGUCACAGAUGAUGGAGCCCAGGUCCCGGGACUUGAGGAUAGUGUUGGCCUGGUUAAAGCGCUCAAACUGGCGCUCAAGUGGGUCCUGCUUAUUGGAGAAGACAUUGCCUUGCAGAGCCGUCUCAUGCUGGCAGUAUUCCGCCCGAACUCGGAGCCUGAUAUCUGGGAGAAUUUUAAGGAGCAUGGUUUAUAAUGGAUUGUGUUUACAACCAAAGCUAGAAAAGCAAGCAAGCAAGGCUGAGACCCUCCCUCUUCUCACAGCUUCUUUACCUCUCCCCAGAACUAGUUCUUCACUGUGUCACUGGUUUCAAUUCUGGAGCUGCCCUACAAUGCCCUACAAUGACUCUGCUCAGGCCACUCACAAACAGCACCUUGUUAGAAGACCUGUCUUAUUAAAAAGUUGCACAAAUUUA